AUGCUGCUCACAAAACUGAUUCUGACCGCAUCCCUCGUUGGAGUAAUCUUCACAAUCCGAUGCUACAGUGGUAUGCAAGGAUCAGUGAACGGUGACGCAAUUGGAGAGAUCGAACUGUUGGACUGUAAUGGAACAGACUUUUGUAUUAAAAAGAAGGAUGUAAUCGACGUCCUGGCGGUGGUAUGCUGUGCUGUUGUUCCACAGACGAGUGCAAUGAAUCUUCACAAAUUUUGA